CUGCUACUAAUAAUGAAGUAAACUCUACAGACUACAAUACAGCAAUACAGUUACAGUUUCACAACAAAGAACACAAAGGAUCUGGUAGACUGGUAUCUAUGAUAGUCUGAACUCUGAAACUUUGAACACGGUUUCCCUCGGUGACCAAAACUGAAAGUUGUAAUGAUAACUAAUAGUGCAGAAAUGGAAAUUAUUCUUUACUGUUUGAUUUGACACGAGGAACAUUACUGAGAAAUGGGUCUGGCUCUGUGGUGCACGGGCGUUCCUUUGGUGCUCCUCCUUAUCAGGAAGUACAGAGAGCAUAUCUGGGGCUACUGCAGGGACUGGAGGUCUCAAAAGAACAGGGUGUUCAUCGUGACAGGGGCCUCAUCAGGCCUGGGAAAAGAGACGGUGAAAGAGCUCGCUUCUAGAGGUGCCAGGGUGGUCAUGGCAUGCAGGGACAUGGAGAAAGCCAAGGAAGUCAUCCUGGAUAUAAGGUCCUCCAUCCAAACUGGAGAAUUGAUCCCCAUGGAGUUGGAACUUGGAUCCAAAGACUCGAUAAUGAAGUUUGCAGAUGAGGUCUUGAAGUCAUUUCCCAAAGUGCACGUGCUUAUAAACAACGCUGGACUAAGUGUACCACCAACAUUGAAUCGGAGGACAGUUGAUGGCAUUGAGAUUAAUUUUGGUGUAAACUAUCUGGGUCACUACUUCUUAACAGAAUUACUUCUGGAGAGAUUAAAAGAAUCAGCACCUAGCAGAAUAGUAUUUGUUACUUCAAAACUUCUUGAAGGUGGAAUGAUCGAUUUUGAAACUAUAAAAGGAGAUAAGAAAUUCCCUGUCGGGAGGCGCAACCAGGCUUACAACAACUCAAAACUUGCACAAAUGUAUUAUUGCCGUGAAUUGUCGAAGAGGUUGGACAACAAAGGGGUUGAAGUGUAUGGUGUAUGCCCUGGUUUUUGCUACACAGACCUCUUCAGAUAUAGCAAGUUAAAAUGGUUCCAAUACCUACUAUUUUUGCCAAUAGCGUUUUUCUUUUUAAGAAGACCAUGCAAUGGCUGUCAGACAAUUCUUCAUUGUGCACUCUCAGAUGAUGUACAAGGUUUCUCAGGGAAUGUUUUCAGGGAUUGUAAAUUGGACAAAGUGAAUUAUAUUUUUGAAGAAGAAACGGAAAACAAAUUAGCUCAAAUCAGUAAACAGUUGAUGUUUUGAAAAUUGUUGAAAUAUAAAUUUUAUCUUUUAUGUAAAAUAAAAUAUUAUUUAAUGUA